AUGGGCUCGGAUAAAAACGGAUGGAGGAGAGGCGUGAGCAAGACCCCAGAUGUGCAGGCAGCAAAGGAGGAAGUAGAAACGGGCACCCCAGCCUCAGCCUCAAGAGCCUUCUGCAGCCACAUCCUGAGCAUGAAUGUGCCAAAUGAUGUCAACGCUAUCAUGCUGGCCCAGAAGAACAUGCUGGACCGCUUUGGCAAGACCAGGGAGAUGCUGCUGAACUUCAAUAACCUGUCAAGUGCCCACCUGCAGCCGGUGAACAGACUCUUCCUGCAUCACCUGAGGACUCUGGUGAAGAUGACAGGGGCCCCAGACAGCAACUUCUGCAGGCUCCAGACCCUGAAAGGGCAGCUGGCUCAGUAGCACCCUGAAACCUUCAGCCACAUCCCGUUAGACGACGAGGAAGAGGACCCCAUCCCACCCAGCACCGCGACCACCACUGCUACCUCGGAGCAAAGCACAGGCUUCUGUCACCCCAGGCCUGACCCCAUCUCGUUCCCCCUCAGCCCCAGCUUCGAGGACCUGUCCCAGUGGUCACAGCCCCAUGGAUGA